UUUCACUCAAUUAGCAGAACUCGCAAAAAUAUCAUUCAUGUAUCAAAAUACUAAUAUAUUACUGCACAUUAAAGAUUUGGUGCAAUUGAUUGAUAUGAUUGCGAGAGACUGGAUGAAACCAAAGAUAAAAGAGGAGCGGGACGUUAUGUUGAGGCUCGCAAAGAUCAGCCGUAUGAUCGCCAUUUGUGGCUGGCUCCUAGCAUUCUUUCUAACGAUAACUUUUUUCACCCUCCCAUUUUUCGGACUGACUAUCAGACACGUGACGAAUUUGACCGACCCUGGAAAACCCUUGGCGAUACAAACGUACUACUUGCAUGACGUUUCCGAGAGUCCCCAGUUUGAGUUGACGGUUCUGGCGCAGGGAAUCUCUAUGUUUUUAACGAGUAUUUCUUAUUACGCGGUCGACCACUUUCUGGGAUUGCUAGUCUUGCACGUAUGCGGUCAAAUGAAUAACCUGCAUUUGCGAUUGACACAUAUGGGGCAAUAUACCAACUUCAAUGCUAUUUUGAAGUACAACGUCCAGGAUCACAUCCGCUUGAUCAGGUCCAUCGAAAUCAUUGAUGAUUCAUUCGAUUUAUUAUUGCUCAUCCUAGUACUAUAUUUUGGUAUAACAUUCUGCCUACAGGGGUUUCUCAUAGUUAACGUUUUUAAUGACGAUGGACAAGUGUCAUUUAUGCAAUUACUUUGGUUUGUCGCAGUGACUAUAUGCGUUUUAUUGCACAUGGGCCUUUAUUGCGCCGUUGGCGAAACUCUCGUGACGCAAGGUAAAAAAAUUCAUCGCGCCACGUACGAAUAUACGUGGUACACUAUAAAUCCAAAAGCGGCAAGGAACUUGAUUUUAAUAAUGCUGCGUGCAAGUAAACCACUCUACAUUACGGCUGGGAAGACAUUUCCCAUGACGAUGGCAACGUUUUGCAAUCUGUUGAAAACAUCAGCAGGUUAUAUAUCUGUAUUACUUGCUAAUCAAGAUUAACGGCGAUGUUAUAAACUUUGAGCUCAAACUUAAACAAUUAUCUAGUAACAUAAUUAACAAUAAGAAUUGAUCAACGAAGCAUAAGUAAGCACGUAAGUACGAUGUUACUGUCUUGUUAUAUUCUUUGAACCAAAUAAAAAAUAUAUAUAAAGGGAAAAGUCAUUCGGGAUAUUAAAAACGGGUAUUAGCUUUUUAAAAUGGUAUUUUAA